AUGCCGCCGCCCGACGACGCAGGACACCUCCGCCACCCGAGGACCGCUCCGCCGUCUCGACCACGCCUCCUCGCCGGACUACCUCCCCGGCGUCGCGUCGUCCUCGUCCCCCACCUCAAGCCCCGCUGCCAUUGCCCUACACUACCCGGUCAGGGCCACGCCCUCUCCUCUCUCCCCUGUCCCCAUACGCACGCCCCGCGCUACCGCUUGCCUCCCCGCACCGCCCCGCCUUUGCUCCGCGCCUCUGCCUCCCUCCCCAUGCGCCACCUGCUGUCGCUGCUGCCGCUGCAUGACGACCGCGCCCGCGCGUCACACCCCCUGCUCCUGACUGCGCCAACAUGCGCAGAAGGGCUCGCCCCCGCGCGCCCCGCCGGCUCGCCCGGUGCCGCUUGGCCCCAGGACUCGCCCCUCCGGCACCCCCGCGGUGCCCCACCGUCGGCGCCCGGAUCUGCCCCGUCGGGCGCCCGUAACCGCCCGCACGCUCACGGGGCUCCGCCCGAGCAACCGCGCCCGUUAGCCUGCUAA